CAGGCGCUUCCCUCCCUCUGCUUGGGUUCGGUUUGAGAAGGAGACCGAGCAGUGCACAGAAAAAAAGAGAGAGCGAGCGAGAAAGAGAGAGGCGCAACACACACUAACACACACACAGAGCGAGGAAAAUAUCCAUAACAGGGAGGGAGGGAGGCGCUCGGUCCGGUACUUACUGAGUUCCUAGUCUUCCAUCAUGAAUCCUGUUUAUAGCCCCGUUCAACCUGGGACUCCUUACGGCAAUCCUAAGAAUAUGGCUUACACGGGUUAUCCUGCUGGUUACCCUACAACUGCACCAGCCUAUACUGCUAAUAUGUAUGCUAGUAGCAGUCCCGGAUAUCCUCCAGCUUUAUUCAUGAUGAGGCAGAGCUGGCCACAGACGUCAACUUCUGGGACCUCUGAGGGUACUUAUGACCUCCCAGUCGAUGCUGGCACGGAGAGCAGAACUUUCCAAGCUUCUUCUGCAUCAUUCAGAUACACUGGAGGAACCCCCUACAAGGUAGCACCUACUCAGAGUAAUGGUGCACCACCACCAUAUUCUCCAUCUCCAAACCCAUACCAGACUGCCAUGUAUCCCAUUAGAAGUGCCUAUCCACAGCAGAAUCUGUAUGCCCAGCAGGGGGCUUAUUACACACAGCCUGUGUAUGCAGCACAGCCUCAUGUAAUUCACCAUACCACAGUGGUGCAGCCCAAUAGCAUUCAACCUGCUAUAUAUCCAACUUCUGUUCCUGCUCAACGGACCAACGGGAUGGCCAUGGGUAUGGUUGCUGGGACUACCAUGGCAAUGACAGCAGGGACUCUGCUGACCACGCCACAACAUACUCAACUAGGACCACAUCCAGUUUCUGUGCCAACGUACAGGACUCAAGGAACACCUGCGUAUAGCUAUGUACCUCCACACUGGUAAAUUCGCAAACCAAUUCAUAUCUGGAGUCAGACAUUGUAUGCAACUACUCAAGUCUUACGUUGGUGCUUGUGCAUCGAAGCCACAUGGCACCAAAUCUGUUUGCAAGGACAAAGUGCAAAGGUCACUUUAUGCAUUUAGUGUUUUUUUGUAAAAGCUGCUUUUCUCCAAAU